AGGACGUCGUGGCAAGUUUCUGCAUGUAGGUAGGUUAACCUCCGCGACUACCAAUCGUUAGCCCACGUUUACUCCGCACUGUUAGGUACCGGUACCGGUAGUCUCACUACUUAAUCUUCUGCAUUUUUCUUUCCUCGACUUGUGCGUGCAUUUAUCAAACUUCAAAUUGCGUGGCUGGCAGCUUCAGUGGUUGGUUGUUAUCUAUGUAAAAGUCUUCAACUCUUUUACUCCCCAAGUGAGGAAGUCGGUACUCUGUCGAGUUCUUACCACUUCGAUUGUUUGACCAUUUUGAAACACUUUUCAUACAGUGGAUUCGCAGAUCAUUCAUAUUCUUCAAUCUGUCAUCUGGGAGAGAUGGCCAAAAAUAUUCUUCCAGCCUUGAUAUCGGCUAGCUACCUCUUUAAUCCAACCCAAGCUCAAGCUGGAUUACAAGCAAGAGCUCAAUUGCCCGGUGCACCAUCUAUUGUUGUUCCAUCUGCCUUCCCUACUUCAGUAUUCUCGAGUUAUUACCUCAAGCCCGCUGCUACCUCUGAGCCUCAGCCUGCUCUUUACGAUCCGAUAUUGAACAUCACUUAUCCUCUGAAUCUGACCGAUCCUACGACCAUACCAACAGCGGCCGACGAUCCAGUUUAUUUUCCAGAAGCUAUCGGCAAUCUGAAUAAUACACCUCCCGAAACCCUGGUUCAUAAUGCGCUAAAUGAGAUCAAGGACAUCAUCUUUAAUGAUACUGCGUUCUCUAGCAAUUGUACGAAAUGCAUUGCUGCUUUGAAAGUUGGAAAAGUACUUGCACAACAAGCACCAUUGUUUGUACCCGAUGCUUUAGUUUCGUUGUGUCAGGCCACGGGUUUUGCAAAAAACACGACCUGCAAGAACAAUUAUGCAGCCGGGAGCUGGGGUGCAAUAUGGACUCAAGUUCUAUCAUUAGCCAACGUUACUGGCUCAGACGGACAAUAUAUUUGUAGCUCACUAAGCACCUCGUAUUGUCCAACUCCCACAGCGAUAACUUUGAAUACUACUAGCUUGUGGAAACCAAAACCAAUCAAGGCAAAAGCCCCGAAACCAAGUGGAAAGCGAAGGAAGGUCCUCCAUCUUUCAGAUUUCCACCUUGAUCCCAGAUACCAAGUUGCUUCAGAGGCCAGUUGUUCUUCCGGUAUGUGUUGUAGAUACACAAAUGCGCCUACCUCUCCAGUAGUCUUUCCUGCGCCAUUAUACGGGUCUUACAAGUAAGUUUCGUCGCCAAGCUUCAUUGGAACAACCAAAUAACGAAUUUACAGAUGCGAUACUCCAUAUUUCCUUGCGCUCGCAGCUCUACAAUCCAUUGGAGCUUUGACCGGUACUGGUGUUCCUGGUUCUGAACCUGCAUUCACAAUAUAUACAGGUAUUUCCACCAAAUAUAUCCCUAGAAUUCUCAUUAAUCGUUUUGCUAGGUGAUCUCGUUUCCCACGAUCCUCAAAACCAGAUGUCACGUGCUUAUGUCAAGUAUACGGAGACUAGCAUCUUCUCAAUACUGAAAUCAUACAUAAAGAAUCCAAUCUUCCCCGUGCUGGGAAAUCAUGAUUCAACCCCGGAGAACAUUGAUAGUCCCCACAGCUUACCUGGUCCUCUGGGCAAACAAUUUAGCUGGAAUUAUGAUCACGUCUCCUCGUUAUGGCAGCAUGAGGGGUGGUUGAGUAAAGCAGAUGCGGAGGAAGCUGCUAUCCACUACGCUGCCUACUCAGUUAAAACACAUCUCGGACUUCGAAUAAUCACAAUGAAUACCGAUUUCUGGUACCGAUCUAAUUACCUGAAUUUCAUAAAUACAACAGAUCCUGACGUCUCAGGCACAUUUAAAUUUAUGAUAGAUGAGCUUCAAGCGGCUGAAGACGCAGGGGAGAGGGUAUGGAUUAUUGGCCACGUCUUGUCUGGGUGGGAUGGAACUAAUCCACUGCCUAAUCCAACAAAUCUCUUCUAUCAGAUAGUCGACCGCUUUUCGCCACACGUUAUUGCCAAUGUCUUCUUUGGACACACACAUGAAGAUCAAGUCAUGAUAUACUAUACAAACAACGCAACAGUCCAAAACUCCUCCACCGCUCUAAUGUCCGGCUGGAUCGGUCCCAGCGUAACCCCAUUAACCAAUCUGAAUUCCGGUUUUCGAAUGUACGAGAUCGACACCGGAACCUUCGACGUCAUGGAUGCAUACACCUUUUACUCAGACGUAAAUUCGUAUUCUGAUCUCAACGGCACUGGUCCUACCUACCAAUUCGAAUACUCAACCCGAGCUACGUAUGGGCCUUCUAUUUCCUGGCCUGAAGACGCACCACUCAACGCAACGUUUUGGCACCAGGUUACAGAAGCCAUGGAGGUUAAUAGGACGUUAGUGGAGGUCUUCAAUACGUAUCAGGGGAAGAGUUCGGUUAAAAGUCCUAACUGUACGAGUGAUGCGUGUGCACAGGCUAAGGUGUGCUAUAUAAGGAGUGGUAGUGCGCCGAUUGGGCGGGCAUGCCCGCAGGGAUUUGCUAGUGUACAGAGUCCGUAUACUGGAAAUAAUUUUUGAGUAUGAUAAGGAAAUGGGAGAUGGAUGGAUAUUGGUAAAUGAUAUAAACACUGAAAAUGAAUGACUGGUAAUUAUGCAAAGACUAUGGGAAUUUUAAAUUUCAUUAUUUAUGAUAUAAGCAGUAUGAAGAAUGGCAACAUGGGAUCAUUCUCUUCUGCAAUAAUAUAAUACACCGUUGAAAAGUUGUAACAAUGUCCCGGAGGAGUUUCGUGUCAUUUAAACCCUUCACUGAAACCAGAUUCUCUUCUUCGAUAGUAUAUAACUUUGAAGUAUGAUUCGGAUAUCUCACAACAUUUAGAAUUGUGAGGAGAAUCACAGA